UCUCGCCCCAGCACGAUUCAUUCAGUACUUUAGCUCACUCCGGAACGCCACGGUCGGCCAUCGUCGUCACCGCGCGAACAGAUUCCGCGGAACACCUUCACGACUCGACCCUUCGCUCAUCUGUGUGUUGGUGUGCGUGUUUACGUGCGCGUCACUGUGUGAGGGCAUAGUAUUUUCCCCUCUCUCUCUCUCUCUCUGCCUCUCCCUGGCAGGGCCUUGAAUCAGCCCACAAGUUGGAAGUGUCACUUUUUUGGAACGGCGGAGGAAAAUUUUAGCUUCGCGGAGAAAAAAGUGGUUCCCGCAGAUUGGCUCUACUUUGAUACCGAUUCCGGGCGGGUUUGUGUCGUGCACGAUGGAAGUGAUUUAGUGUCGCCAAAGUGGUUCUAUUUUAGGGCGAAGAAUUUGUCGAAAAAGAGCAGUGAAGUUCUCGAGAAUCGAGUGAUUGGAAGUGGGGAGUGAAAAUCGUCAACUAUCGGAAGAGUUGUCCGGAGAAGGAAGAACCCCGCGCGGGGCAGAACCAGCAGCACAAAGCGUACACGGGGUCGCAGCUUAAUUUUAUGGCCUCGGCCAGAGCUUUGGUCACGGUUCAGUUGCUUCCAGCAGCUUGGUGAGAAUUUUUCGUCUGACGAAUCCCUGUGUGGCUGGCCUACGCCCCUUUUUCACCCCGGAGACCGCGGGACCUGGUGGACAUUCCCGUGUUGACGACGUUGGAGCAGGCGGACGGGCAAAGCCAGCUGCGGAAGUGUCAUGAACUCUCGAAUCAAGGAGGAUGUCAGCCGACUUUUCGAGUACUGGUGCGAGAUUGCUCCCGGGAGUGCGGCCUCGUCUCCGGCUGGCACUCCGGAGGACAAGGCGGCGGCAGCGAGGGGCAUCGGCGGUGGACACAUUGUGCAGAGCUUCCCGGAGUCCUUCAAGGAUGCGAAGGUGAUCGCGGACAUUCCGUCGUUUGCGUACCCGUGCAGUUUUGAGAGGCGAACCAUUCAGGUGCACUCGUUCGUGCUGACAAACAUCGACUCCAAGUGGCGGUUCGGGUUCUGCCGGCACGACCCCAAAUCCCCCACGGCCAUGGUCAUCGUGACGUACCUGCCCUGGCACGACACCUUCAUCCGGUUUCUGAACGUGCUGGCGGACGUGCGGAAAAACUCCCAGCAGGAGUUUGAGUCCUUCCUGGCGGAGGCGUACAACCGGGGCGUGCCCGAGCCCGGGGGUUGCCUGAAGCUGCAGUACGACCGGCCGGUGCAGACGUUUAGCUUUCAGCGGCCGCAGCAGUUUCUGCUGCCGAGCAUACCGGAGAAUCACAACCUCAACCUGUACUACAACUUUGUGGAGCCCAAGGCCAUGAUCGGGGUGUUUGCGGCGAUGCUGGCCGAGCGGCGGAUCAUCUUCGUGUCGCGGCGGUUGGACAUUCUGUCGUCCUGCAUCCAGGCGGCGAACGCCUUCCUCUACCCGAUGGUGUGGCAGCACAUCUUCAUUCCGGUGCUCCCGAUGAAGAUGCGGGACAUCCUGGGCGCACCGAUGCCAUUCCUGAUCGGCGUGCCGGAAGCCGUGUACGAGUCGCUCCGGCGGGAGGAGAUCGGCGACGUCGUCAUCCUAAACUGUGAUAAGCGCACGCUGGACACGCCGUUCGACGACGUGAAGAACAUGCCACCGGAGCUGGUCGCCUCGCUCAAGAAGCACCUGGCCAACUCGGCCGAGCACCGGGGCGACCGGGUCUCGAAGAUAUUUUUAGGUAUUUUAGUGCAAUUAAUCGGCGGCUAUCGGGACGCGGUCAAGUUCAACGACAAGAUCACGUUCGACCCGGAAACGUUCAUCGACACCCGGCCGUCGCACCUGAGGCCAUUCCUAGCUAAUAUGCUGCAGCUGCAGAUCUUCCAACAGUUCAUCGAGGAACGGCUCGACAUGCUCAACACCGGCCAGGGCUUCUCGGACGAGUUCGAGGUCGAGUGCUUCCGGUACGCGGAAAAGUCCGGCCGCAAGGUGAAGCAGUACAAGGACCUGCUCAAGAACUUCAAGGACAAGACCAACCCGGCCGUCCGGUCCGCAGUCAAAUCGGUCAAGGAGGGCGGCAAGGGCGUCAAGACGGCAUACAAGGGCCUGCGGUCCAAGUUCCGCGAGACGACCCCGCCCAAGUCCAAGCUGGAGGGCAGCGGCGUCGGCAUGCACUCGCACGUGUCCCAGUACGACAUGGGCCACCACCAGUCGGCGCCCAACUCGCCGGUCUUCAACAAGCGCCCCCAGACGAUAGCCCUGCCGGACGACGCGUCCUACCCGGGCCAGCACAAUCACCACCUGCACAACCAUCACGCCGCGAUGCUGACGCCGUCGAGUACAUCGCUGUACAACUCGCCCCACUACCUGGUCAGCAAUAACGGCGCCAGCCACAACAACUACAACACCAUCACGGCCGGAUGUGCGCCCAGUGCGACCGCCCUCAAGAACCAAACCAACAACAACAGCCUCCAGAACCACUUUAACAACGCGACGACGACGACGACGACGCCGGCCACGAGCAGUACCAGCGACGUGCGGAGUCCCUCGCUCAGCCUCAGCCCGACGAGCUCGAACUCGUCCUCGGAGAUGAAUCUGCUGCAGGAGUUGCAGCAUCUGGCGCUGUUCAAGUCGCCGGCGGUCAACCGGAACCUCAAGCCAACGUUCAGUUUGGACUCGUCAACGACGACCAUGAAUCGACCCUCGAGUCGAACCGGUGCCCCUCUGAGCCCCCCCGGUGGAAACCAAACGCUGCCCCGAAUUCAGGAGCUGGUUCCUUCUUCGUCCCAGCCGCAGCAGCAGCCACUGCUGCUUCAGCUUGAUCUGAACGGGUCCUCGCCGAGGCGGAACCACAGUCGCAACCACCGAAUCAACAACAACGACGGGGACGACGACGGUGACGAGGACCGGAACUUUGAUCUCUCGCCGGACAUGCCGUGUCCGCCGGUGCCACCUCGGCGCUUCCAAACCGCGGCCGAAGCCCUCGCGGCCAUCCAGAUUUCACCCCCGCCCAUGUCCCCACCCUCGUCUUCCUCGUCGACGUCGGCUUCGCCGUACCGCAACUACACCCACUUCCUCCAGCAAGCCGCAGCCGCCGCCAUGCAACAAUCCAAAGCAACGACCCCGCCGGCGCCACCGCCCCUGAAAGCGUCCCGAAACGCCACGGCAGCCGCGCUUCUGCUGGACGGCGGGGACGAUGACCACCUCAUGAUCACCUUAACGCCAAAUAACUCCAGCAGCAACACCGCCAUCUCGAAUACCAACCACGCUAGUAGCCAAAUUGUACUCGAAACGACGUCGGGCAGCAGUGGGAUCGUCAGCGCCACGUUGCCACGGCCAACAUCCAACAGCCAUCAUCAGCACCAUAAGCCACCGGCACCGCAACCGCCUCAACGGCCGCCGCUGGCACCAAAGCCCACCACCCUUCUGCGCAAAGAGUCCUCCUGUGUCGAUGUGGCUGACACUAACGCUAGUACCGCCGCCGCUGCCACCGCUUCCACGUCAUCCCUGGACGAGCCGGACGCGGCCGCCGACCUCAUCAACCUGGACACGACCAACUCCAGCUUUGAGCUCGAAGACUUUGAUCCCCUGAACGACCGCGCUAGACCCAUUCCCUCGGCGGCGAAACCGCCGCCGACGACCCCCAGUGCACUAACAACGGCCACGGCAGCGAUUGCACCCUCGUCGGGUUUCAAUAAUCCAAUCUACCCUUACUUUACACCGACACAUCUCCACGCCAAAGCACCACAACACCACCAGCACUCACUGUCGCAGGGUGGCAACCACUUCCACCACCAGCACACCAACGGUGGUUUGGGUUCUGGUUCCGGUGCCGGUGUCGGCAGGGCAGCCAGCGUCCAGGACGACUUUGAGCUGCUACGAAACUACGGUCUAGACAAGUUCUCACUCGUAGAUGGUGCUGGGGGUGACGGCGGGCAGGAGAAACAACACCAACACUUGGCAGCUGCUCUGCUGGGCAGUACUAGUCCGGUGGGAGGAGCGAUGGGAGGUACUAGCAGCAGUAGUACUAGAGCUGUAAAUAGUUUUGUGAACGGUGCGGGGAGGGCGAGCAGUAGUAGAACGGCGGCGGCGUUCAGCAAUUGGACCACGUUUGACUGAUAGAUGGCGCGCGCGUGUGCCAAGUAUUCACAGUUUGUUUGUUUUCUUGCGUAGGACAGAUUUGCGUUUAUUUUGUGUUACUUUUUUUUUGUUAUUUAGAUAUUAAAUUGUUUUGCCAAUUCCUUUCGUCUUCUCCAAAGUGUGUGACUUGUUUCCACUAGCUAGCGCGAGCGCUAGACAGCAAAGAUUCACCUGUUAUAUAAUUUAUAUAUAUAUGUAAUUUAUCUUUGUCAGGAAAGUAUAAACAAAACAUAGCGAAAAAAGCGAUUUAGGGUGUGCAUUUUUCUUUUGUUAAUUUCCCUCAUCAUCUUCCAAAGCAGUGUAAUGAGUGUUGAGAAAUAAUAAAGCAUUGCAAGCUAAAAACACAAAUAUAUAAGCAUAACUAGUAAUUACAACUAUAGGGAACCAGCUACCAGAUAGGACGAAGACAUAUAUAUUGAAAAAGCGAAAUCGUUCGUGUUGGGAAAAGCAAUUUGAAAAGGAAAGAAAUGUAAACCAGAUACAUAUUUAUGACGAGUUAGUGAGCCGCGGGAAGCGAGGAAAUUUUAACAAACAGAUGAAAGAUUAAAAAAACGGUAUAGCUUCAAAAGAUAUUACUGUGCGUGUGUAUAGGAUAACGUUGUUGAGAAGAUUUUAAGAAAAAGGAACCGAAACUAAGAAAGGCAUAAGAUAAAAAAAGACAGCAUCGUGUGCGUUGUUUAGUAAAGAAAGUUGGAAAUAUAAUCACAACUCUAUAUGAUAAAUCAUUGCAGAAAAACACACUGACACAAACAAUUCUACAACAAAGCGUCUAACUCGGCAAUAUUUUCGAUACUCAUUGCUAAAAAA